AUGGAAUCCACACCCCCACAGAAGCCCAUGCUACAGAAACCACCCGGUUACAGAGACCCAAAUUCCCGACCACCGCCGCUGCCGCCGCGAAAACCUGUCCUCCCACCUUCCUUCCGCCCCAAACACAAACGCCGACGGGUCUGCUGCCGGAUAUGCUGCUGCACCUGCUGCGUCAUCAUCCUUAUCCUCAUCCUCGCUGUCGUCAUCGCCGCCGGCCUCUUCUACAUCCUCUACAACCCCUCCCUCCCGGAGUUCCAUCUCAGCUCCUUCCGCGUCCCCAAGCUCAACGUCACCAAUGACGGCGACGCCGCCUACCUCGACGCCGACACCGCCACCAGGGUCGAAAUCAAGAACCGGAACGCCAAGAUCGCGUGGCAUUUCGACCAGAGUAGCUUCGAGGUUUCAGCGCAGAAUGGGGAACUGAACCUUGGGUCCACGAAGGUAGCUAAGUUCAAGGUGAAGGAGAAACAGGUGAAGGAGUUGAAGGCUGAGACGAAGGUGAGGAACCAGGCCUUGGAUGUGAGGCAGAAGAGGAAGCUUAACGGGGUGUUGGAGAGCAAAGCUUUGACCCCCACAGUGCAGGUUCGAACCAGAACCGGUGUGGGCUUGCAGGGUUGGAAUUCGGCGACGCUUCCCAUUACUGUGGUUUGUGGAGGUAUCACCAUGAGACAACUCCAAAAUGGAGACACGCCUCGUUGCUCCGUCACUCUUCUCAAAUGGAUUAAACUACGAUGAGUUGGGGAAUGUGUUAUAUAUAUUGGAUUGAUG